AUGGCGUUGUUUCGGAGAAAACAAAACAACCAUGAUGAAAACAAUGACGGAGAAGGAAAGAAAGGCAAAGCUGGCUCCAAGGAGCCUGCCAAUACUGCCUUCAAGCAACAGCGCUUGAAGGCCUGGCAGCCAAUUCUUACCCCCAAGACCGUUCUCCCUGUUCUCUUCAUUGUCGGCCUGUGUUUCGCGCCCAUUGGAGGCCUCCUCAUCUGGGGCAGUGGCAAUGUAAGCCAAAUUACAAUCGAAUAUACUGGCUGCGAGUCAGCUGGCCAAAGCUUUACCAAUCUACCCAAAUUCUCAUACAAGAUGCGGUCUUCCGCCUCGGAUGCUGUAGCUUCGACACCUCAAUGGCGUAGUACAAAAGUGAAUUCAACUUUAACAUCCUCGGGUAACCAGUGUACCAUUGCUUUCGACAUUCCUGCAGACUUGGAACCUCCCGUAUUCUUGUACUAUCGCCUCACCAGUUUCUACCAAAAUCAUCGUCGCUAUGUGAAGAGCAUGGACGCCGACCAGCUCAAGGGCAACGCCGUUAGCGCGGACACUCUGAAUAACGGAGAUUGCAAGCCAUUGGCUGUCCUCGAUGGCAAGAUCGUUUACCCCUGUGGCCUUAUUGCAAAUUCAAUGUUUAACGACACUAUCGGAAACGCCACUUUAUUGGGAACCAAUAAUAAUAACCUUUAUGCAUUUAGUUCGAAGAAUAUCGCUUGGCCUGGCGAGGCUCGCAAAUAUGCGACUAGGCCGGGAUAUGCAAAUUUAUCGGAAAUUAUACCUCCGCCUAACUGGCGCCAUAGGUAUCCUAACGGAUACACUGAUACCGAUGUUCCCGAUUUGAAGGCAAAUGAGCACUUCCAAAACUGGAUGCGCACUGCAGGUCUUCCCACAUUCACCAAGUUAUAUGGACGCAACGAUAAUGAGACGAUGCGACAAGGGCGAUAUGAAAUCGUAAUUGAUGAUAACUUCCCUGUGUCACAGUUUGGCGGUACGAAGGCCAUUGUUAUCUCGACAGUAUCUUGGAUUGGUGGAAAGAACCCGUUUUUGGGAUGGGCUUAUAUCGCGGUUGCGGCAUUGUUUGUUCUGCUGGGAAUUGCGGGUACCGCAAGGCAUUUGCUCCGCCCGAGAAAACUCGGCGAUAUGAAUAUGCUGUCUUGGAACCAGGCUCGAUGA